AUCAGUGUGAAAGGGCGGCGGGCAAGAGUUAAGGCUAAGGGCAAUUGCGAGGAAAGGGAUAGGGAAAGAUCAUGCAAAAUGGUCACCUGCUGCAACUGUGACUUUCAUGUAUGAACCUGAGAUUCAUAUCAAUGAAGAUAUUAUGGAUACCUUGACGCUUGAGGAGAAGCAAAACUUUGUCGAGAGUAGGCCUACUAGAGUCUUUGACAUUGAUCCUAAUACCCAACAGGUUGUGGUGGUUGACCCAGAGGCAUAUACCUAUGAUGAUGAGGUGCUAAAGAAAGCCGAAGCUAUGGGCAAGCCAGGCCUGGUGGAGAUAUAUGCCAAAGAAGACAGUUUCAUUUUUACGGUCGAAUCCACCGGUGCUAUCAAAGCUUCUCAGAUGGUUCUUAACGCCAUAGACAUCCUUAAACAGAAGCUCGAUGCAGUUCGCCUGUCCGAGGAUACUGUGGAAACCGAUGACCAGUUUGGUGAACUAGGUGCCCACAUGCGAGGAGGUUGAUCCGCUUGUAAAAAUAGAAUCGAUCGCUUUCGGAGAAGGCGUGUUGUGCAUGUUUACCGACUGCAUUUCGUUUAAAACUCUUCGGAUCUUUAGGUACAAAUCCAAUUGAAUUCUUAACUUGAAAGCCUUAGA